AUGAUCGCCUUGGUUCACCGAGUCAUCUUCUGUGCGCUGGUCUGGGCGUCCUCCCUGCGCGCGGCGUGCCCGUCGGGCUGCGAGUGCUCUGAAGCCGCGCAGACUGUGAAAUGCGUCUCCAAGGAUCUGCGAGAAGUGCCGUCCGGUAUCCCCGGGUACACGAGGAACCUGUUCAUCAUGGGCAACCAGAUAAGCCGAAUCGGACCCGAGUCGUUCAAAGGACUCGAGAACGUAACCAAUCUGUCCCUUAGCAAUAACAGGAUCACCGAGGUUGAGUCCCAGACCUUCUCUGCCCUGCGCAGCCUGCGGUCGCUGGACCUGAGUAGCAACCAGCUGGCGCUGAUCCACCCGGAGGCCUUCGCCGUGCCCUCGGGCCUGCUGCGCGACCUCAACCUCAGCCGCUCCCUCUACAACCACUCCUCGGUGGCAGACCUGGCGACCGCGCUGCGCUGGGGCGGCCUGAGGGGCCUGCUCCGGCUCGACCUGUCGGGGAACCGGCUGGUGCUCCUGCCCCUGGGCAUGUUCUCGCCGCUCCCCGGCCUGCGGCGCCUCCAGCUGGGCAACAACUCCCUGGUGGCGGUGCACAACGGCACCUUCGCCGGCCUGGAGCAGCUGGAGGAGCUGGACCUGACCCUCAACGCCUUCAAGACCUUCCAGGAGGAAGCGCUGCUGGAGCUGGAGCGCCUGCCCCACGCCCGGCUGCUGCUGGCCGACAACCCCUACGUCUGCGCCUGCGGGAUCGAGGACUUCACCGCCUGGCUCAACGGCUCUAGGGCGCGGGUGGGCGACGCCGAGCGGGUGGCCUGCGCUUCCCCCCCGGAGCUCCGCAACGCCUCCCUGCGGGGGCUGGGGGAGAGGGCGCUGGGUUGCCACGGCGACGGCGCGGGGGAAGGCGCCGACCUGGCCCUGCAGACCUCCUACGUCUUCCUCGGGGUGGUGCUGGGCUUCGUGGGCGUGGUCUUCCUCUUCGUGCUCUACCUCAACCGCAAGGGCAUUAAGAAGUGGAUCGUGGACUCGCGGGACGCCUGCCGGGACGUGUUGGAGGGGUACCACUACCGCUACGAGAUAGACUCGGACCCCCGCCUGGCCCAGGUGUCCACCUCCGGUGAUUUGUGAUACCCCUAUCCCACCUAGC